GGGCAGCCAUGGCUGGGGCACAUCAUGGGCUGGGCCUGUUGCUGGCACUACUGCUGCCUGCAGUCCCCACCUCCUCGACGGGCACCGUGGUCCGAAUCAACAGGGCGGCACUGAGCUAUGUUGCUGAUGUUGGGAAAGUCUCUCUCCAGCGGGCCCUAAAGGUCAUGGUUCCACCUUUCCUGGAUCAGAGUGGUGAGGUGCAUCAGCCCACCAGGACCCAGACUCUGGAUGUCCACGUGUCCCACCUUGACCUGAAAUUCAUUGCUGGUUUUGGGCUACGUCUGAUGGCAACAGCCAAUUUUACCAUCAAGGUCUUCCGCACCCCUGAAACUCUGGAGCUGAUGCUGCCUGUGGCACUGACAGCAGAUGCCCGUGUGGCCCAGGGACCCAUCAGGACCCCUGUGGUCAGCAUCUCCACCUGCUCCUCCAUCUUCAGCCCUGCCAGGGUGCUUCAUGACAGUAACAGCAUCUCCCCAGAGCUGCUGGUCCUGGUGCAGGAGCACAUUAAAGCCAUCCUGAGCAACAAGCUGUGUCUGCACAUCUCCAACCUGGUGCAGGGCCUCAAUGUCCACCUUGGCACCUUAAUCGGCCUUAGCCCUGUGGGUCCUGAGUCCCAGAUUCGCUACUCCAUGGUCAGUGAGCCCAUCAUCACUGGUGACUAUAUCGCCUUGGAAGUUAAUGCCGACCUCUUCUUGCUGGGUCAGCCCAUCACCCUGCCCCUGGAUGUCACCCCCUUUGUGUUACCCUGGCCUGUGGGCACUAAGGGUACCAUGGCAACCAUGGGCCUCUCCCAGCAACUGUUCGACUGUAUUCUGCUGCUGCUGCAGAAGGCUGGCGCCCUCAACCUGGAUGUCACAGGGGAGCUGAAUUCCGAUGACAACCCACUGAACACCUCUGCACUGGGCCAGCUCAUCCCUGAGGUGACUCACCAGUUCCCCGAGCCCAUGCCUGUAGUGCUCAAGGUGUAUCUGGGUGCCACACCCAUGGUCACAUUCCAUACCAACAAUGCCACCCUGAGGCUGCAGCCCUUUGUGGAAGUGCUGGUUGCGUCCUCUAACUCAGCUUUCCAGUCUCUCUUCUCCCUGGAGGUGGCAGUGAACCUGAGCCUGCAGCUCUCGGUGUCCAAGGUGAAGCUCCAGGGGACCACAUCUGUGCUGGGGGAUGUCCGGUUCUCGGUGGCUGCCUCCAAUGUGGGCUUCAUUGAUGUGAAGCAGCUACACACACUUGUGGGCACCCUGUUCAAGAAGCCACUGUUGGACCACCUCAAUGCUCUCCUGGGCAUGGGAAUCGCCCUCCCCAGUGUGGUCAACCUCUACUACACCAACCCUGAAGUCUUUGUGUAUGAGGGAUAUGUCGUGAUAUCCAGUGGCCUCUUCUACCAGCGCUGAGGCAGGGCCACUGGCAGGGGCAAGAGGGAGCCAGCCUUGCUGCUCAGAAGACUUCUUCCCUCAAGCCACUGGGGAAACUGAGGCAAAGACACAGGCAUCAUGGCCAGCACACCGGUCUGCCUGGCUGGGCUGUCUAAUCUUCGCCGAGUACCUGGAUUCCUCCUUCACUCACUCCUUGUCUCCUCUACCCACUGCAUCCUCCACCCCUUCUUGAGGAAAAGCUUGCUCCUCCAGGUUGUCCAGAUCUCUUUCCUCAUGCAUUAAACAUCUCUUGAGCUGCAAGUUCCAGCCAAAC